UUCGCUCGGCCGAACACGCGACAAACGAACCGGCAUGGAUACAGCGAACGAUACCCGGUGGUGAACCACCUCCGAAAAACGAACCGUUACGGAGUUAUUCGUAAAUUCACCUUUUUUUUUGCUCGUGUGUGUUAUAUUUGUUUGAUUUCGGCAUGUCGGGAUUGGACAAGGAUCGCUUCCACCGUGCGGCCCGUGAUGGAUUUCUGGAUUUGUUGAGGGAUGCCACCCGCAAGGAUUGCAAUGCCCCCGACGAGGACGGAAUGACCCCCACCCUGUGGGCGGCCUAUUAUGGAAACCUGGAUGCGCUCAGGCUUAUAGUGGGAAGAGGGGGAGAUCCGGACAAAUGCGACAACUUUGGAAACACAGCUCUGCACUGGGCAGCUGCCAACGGUCACAUGAAUUGCGUAUCUUUUCUGGUCAACUUCGGCGUUUCGCUGUGGGCGCUGGACAACGAUUUCCACACAGCGUCCAAUGUAGCAGCUAUGAACCAGAGAGACGAGAUCAUCCGUUACUUGGACGAUGUCGUGGCCAGACAGAGCGCCCUCAACAAGAAACUCGUCCAAAAGUUGAAGGAAAAGGCAGUGAUCGACGCCGAGAAAAGAAUAAAGAUGUACCAGAAACUUCAGAGAAAAGCUGCGAAGAAGGCAGAAAAGGAAGAAAAAGAAAUCGAAAAGCAGAGGCGGAAGCUCUAUGGAUCGGAAUUCCAGCUCAACGGGUUGAUCAGCAAGGCUUCCAGUUUGACAAUAUCCAGUUUGAAGCGAGAGUGCAAAAUCACGUAUGCGUCCCCAAAAUAUUCAGACAUCAUCAGCAAUGGUGCAGGUACCACCAAGAAAGGCUUAGGUGCUGUCUCCAAGAGAAUACAGCAGAAGAAGCAGAAUGUGGUCAUGACCGCUGCGGACUUCAAGGUCAGGGAGACCGAAAUGAAUGGCAAGAGAUCAAUUCGCUCACUAUCUGGACUGCUCAGGGAUUCGGAAGUACUGUACGUGCCUAAAUAUGACACUCAGAGUACGACUUCUGGUGGUAACAAUCAAAGGAGGCAUAUGAAAGAUGUGUUUGACAACAAGAGUGAAUUGUCCAGGGCAAUCAGUGAACCUGAUUUCUUGCAUGCCACAGAUUCAGGAUUCGGAGACGAUGUUCCUCCCAUGGAACCGUCAGGCAGUAUUUUCGAAAGACCUGGUUUUGGGUCUGUGGCUUUCAGGAAUUCCAUGUCGGGCACUCUGAUGUCCUUGCCUUCGACGUCAACUGAAGAAAAUGAUGAUGAGUGCGAUGAUGAUCUUGAUUCCAUCAGAGCUAGUGAAAAAGAUUCAGAUUUACAAAAUGACUCUGUUGAGGACAGCAUUGGAAGCGCUGGCAGCUUGGCACAGAGGAAUAAUCACGCACCCUGGGAUGACGAUGAAGGGCACUUUGAUGAUGAAGGUAUGGACUCAACUCCACUUGUUGUUUUCCUUGUUGCUCACGGCUUGGUGGAAUACACUGCCGCUUUCACGAAAGAGAAAAUAGACCUGGAAGCUCUCAUGCUGCUCACAGAGGAAGACCUCAAGGACUUGGGAUUGCCCCUCGGACCUCGAAGGAAACUGGCCAAAGCCAUAGAAGACAGAAAAAUGGCCAUGGUGACUCCUGGAGACCUACUGGACUCUAAACUGUAGCAAAUCGAUGGCAGAAUUCAUCGUAAUCGAAUGAUCAAUUGUGGCACAGCAUUUAAGAACUGAUUUUACGACUUUUGAUGCAUGGAAGCUAAACCAAAACUUGGAAGCAACGUUCUGUUUUCGUAGUCAUUAACAGAUGAAUGGACAAUAUUGUUGUUUCACUGAGAACUGUGAUAAGCAUUGUUCAAGAGAUUGGCUUUUAAGAAUAAAGCUAAAUUAAGUUAUAAGAAGCAGUGCUAAAGAAGAUAAAACAUAUUUUGUACAUUUAGUUUUGAGUGUAAUAAUUCCCGAUACAAAUGUAAGAUACGAUAUGGGAAAGUAGACGAAUCAAGAACUGUUAGAAAAUAAUGCAUUUAAACACACUUUGGAUCACUAGGAUAUUGUUACAAAGUGUAACAAUAUUGUACAAAGUAUUGUAUUGUUACAAAGUUUAAAAGUUUGCAGAAAAAAUAUAUUUAUUCUUUUAUGAAUUUUAUUCUGAUUUUAGUAAAAUUUUUAUACGUCUGCCUUUCUUAAUUUAAUAAUUUUUACCGAUAGGAAGUAGAAAAAAAAAUCAAAUAUUGCGAUGGUAUUUUAAUACAUGAAAAAAGUUAAAAAUGGCAUCUUUAGCCGGUGACAUCACAAUCAUGUGACAAGCAUAAUUGCGCAUGUCAUUUAAUAGCCUGUUUUCAUAUGCAAUGUUGCGUUAUGUCCUAUUUUUUAUCCAACGAGGUACCCAAGAGUUUCGCAUUGACCAUCAGAACGGAUAUCGAGCCACUUGUUUUUUUUUAUUUUAAAUUUUCAUUAAAAUUACUUAGUGAUUAUUGAACAUAGAAUAACAGAUCCUAAGUUUUAAUUUUGCAUGAUUGUUUUUUAAUGAAAAUUGAUAAGUUCCAAUCUUCUAUGUGAGCCUUGAAAUACAUUUAUUUACAUUUUAUUUGUAGGUUUGACAGUGUCCUGAUUUCUAUGAGAUCAUGUGGAUUUCUGUCUGCGUACAGUAUUAUCUUACAACUAAUUACAGUUAAUAGUACGGUUUUUGUUUCAAUUUCAAUAUUAUUGUUGAAUUUUUUUAAAAAUAUUAAGAAAAUUGAUCCUUUAGAAGGCAUACCCUUUACGAUGCCAGAUAAAUAAAUGUAAUGGCAAGCAAAAUGCCAACCUAUAUCUUAUACAUAAAUAACUGAAACCAUUAUAUAUGUGACGCAUGAAACCAUGAGACAAUAAUCGCUGUUUCGUGCAGUUUUUAGUGAUUUGUAAUUGUGAAUUUGUACAGAUAUACAUUUUUGUAAUUAUUUCUUACAGUGAUGUUUGUAGACGUGAUUAAUGUACAGACAUACAAGUUUUGCCAGCAAAACUUGGGUAUGCUCCUCUAUCAGUUUUCCGUCCAUGUGAAAUGUAGAAUAUCUUUUGUACACUUGAAUAUUUCCAAAG